UCUAUGUCUGAUAGCAUUUGACCCUCCUGCUAUUAGCCUCCUUGGCUUUAUAUCUCUAUAUACACAGGUAUAUGUGUAUAUUUAUAUGGUUGUCUCCAUCUGUCGAUAUCAAAGAGAGUUGAAGGAAAUGAAUUUUGAAACUUCAAGGUGUGCCACCCUACAGUACUGUCCCGACCCCUACAUCCAGCGGUUUGUAGAAACCCCUGCUCAUGUCUCUUGGAAAGAGAGUUAUUAUCGAUCCACAAUGACACAGAGUACACAGACAAGUGACUUCCUUAGCCCAGAGGUUUUUCAGCAUAUCUGGGAUUUUCUGGAACAGCCCAUAUGUUCAGUUCAGCCCAUUGACCUGAACUUUGUGGAUGAACCAUCGGAAAAUGGUGCAACAAAUAAGAUUGAGAUUAGCAUGGACUGUAUUCGUAUGCAGGAUUCAGACCUGAGUGACCCCAUGUGGCCACAGUACACGAAUCUGGGGCUCCUGAACAGCAUGGACCAGCAGAUUCAGAAUGGCUCCUCGUCCACCAGCCCGUACAACACAGACCACGCACAAAACAGUGUCACGGCACCGUCGCCCUAUGCGCAGCCUAGCUCCACUUUCGAUGCCCUUUCACCGUCUCCUGCUAUCCCCUCCAACACCGAUUACCCAGGCCCACACAGCUUCGAUGUGUCAUUUCAGCAGUCCAGCACUGCAAAAUCUGCCACCUGGACGUAUUCCACUGAACUGAAGAAACUGUACUGCCAAAUUGCAAAGACGUGCCCCAUCCAGAUCAAGGUGAUGACACCACCUCCUCAAGGUGCUGUCAUCCGUGCCAUGCCCGUCUACAAGAAGGCCGAACAUGUCACAGAAGUAGUGAAACGAUGCCCUAACCAUGAGCUGAGUCGUGAAUUCAAUGAGGGACAAAUUGCUCCUCCUAGUCAUUUGAUUCGUGUAGAAGGAAACAGCCAUGCCCAGUAUGUAGAAGACCCAAUCACAGGAAGACAGAGUGUGCUAGUACCUUAUGAACCACCCCAGGUUGGCACUGAAUUCACGACAGUCUUAUACAAUUUCAUGUGUAACAGCAGUUGUGUUGGAGGGAUGAACCGCCGUCCAAUUUUAAUCAUUGUCACUCUGGAAACCAGAGAUGGGCAAGUCCUGGGCCGACGCUGCUUUGAGGCCCGGAUCUGUGCCUGUCCAGGGAGAGACAGAAAGGCAGAUGAAGAUAGCAUCAGAAAGCAGCAAGUGUCGGACAGCACAAAGAAUGGUGAUGGUACGAAGCGCCCUUUUCGUCAGAAUACACAUGGCAUCCAGAUGACAUCCAUCAAGAAACGAAGGUCUCCAGAUGAUGAACUGUUAUACUUACCAGUGAGGGGCCGUGAAACUUAUGAAAUGCUAUUGAAAAUCAAAGAAUCCCUGGAACUCAUGCAAUACCUUCCUCAGCACACGAUUGAAACAUACAGGCAGCAACAGCAGCAACAGCACCAGCACUUACUUCAGAAACAUCUCUUUUCAGCCUGCUUCAGGAAUGAGCUUGUGGAGCCCCGGAGAGAAACUCCAAAACAAGCUGACGUCUUCUUUAGACAUUCCAACCCCCCAAACCGAUCAGUGUACCAAUAGAGCCCCAGCUCAGUAUAUUGAGUGUGUGUAUUUGUUGUUUGUGUUGUGUUGUGUUGUGUUGUUCUGUGGUGUGUGUGUGUGUGUGUGUGUGUGUGUGUGUGUGUGUGUGUGUAUGUGUUCAUCCCUCCUAAGCAGGACUUGAAGACGCUUUGGCUCAGAAACCCAACUGCUCAAAGACAAACAGCCACUAGUGAGAAAAUCUUUUGAAGGGACUCAAAAUUACACAAGAAGGAUAUUUUCUGCAGAUUCUGUAUCCUUAGACCUAGUCUUGGUCAGUCAGGAACCCUAUUAUUUGUCUGUGAGCUGUCAUGUUAUUUCUUGGAAGGGAGGGGAUCAGGUUGGGAAGAGGGGCAUUAAGAUGUUUAUUGGAACCCUUCUGUUAACCUUCUGUUGUGUUUCUAAAACUCAUUAAGAAGCCUUUGAGCAGGUCUCAAACAUAAGAUGUCUUUUUAAGAAAAAGAAAAAAGUUAUUGUCUAUGCAUAAUUAAAUUGUAAGAGACUGAGAGACUCAGUCUGGCCCUUUUAAUGCUGGUCAUACAAUAAUUUUGCAAGUAGAAAUAAACUAAGGUGUUAAUUGUACUGCUGGACAGAGAGGUGGUAGUUAUCACAAGUAGUCAAUGUGGGAGCUGUUCUUUUAUUUCUAUUAUGGAGAAUAUCCAUUAUUAAUCUCUCCCACUCAUGAUAAGUAGAAAGUUCAUUUUUACUGUUUUAGUUCUUACUGCCACCAUAUGUCAGCCUGAUGUGAUAAUUCUCUUUGCCUGUAAAAACCCUGAUGACCUAUUCUCAAAAACAUUUUGAGACCCCAAGGCAGGUAAACUUAGUUUGUCCCUUUAAAGUAGGAAAAUGAAAUCACACCAGUGAUACUGUUCCAGGCAGUUAUUUACCACUUUUAAUGCCACAAUGGAGCUCAAUGUCCCAGAUCUAUGAUUUGUGUGACUAGAGUUCCGAUUCCUCAAUCUAACUAUAAAUGUAGUUGGGUUACUGAUCAUGCUUAAACUGCCUUUGUUCCAGAAAUGUAUGCUUUGUUUAACUAUGUACAGGUAUACACAUUUUAAAGUAAACACUCCUGGCCUAAAAUUUAAAGAUAGAGUAUGUGACAUUCUUUCUUGGGUUCCAAGUUGAGAUUACAUAUUUCUUUCCACUUUUAAAAUGCUUUUAAAAUAAUAAUCAUAAAGAUUUUAAAUUUAUCCUCUCUCCCCCAUCUUCAUAACCAGAUUACCAGCUCUUUAUUCUAUGUCACCACAGAAGUGAUUUCUUGUUAUUGACACUGUUGCUUUAUGAAUGUGUGAUUUUAAUUUUCAAUAAACUUUUGCAUCUUGG